CACAAGUGACGUUUUAUUUCAAUACCAAACAUUCAGUUUUAGUUCCACUAAUGAGUUCUCAGUCAUCAAUAAUAUUCAUUAUGGUGCAGGUGGUACACAGCUCGAUAUGCGCACCAACUUCCUAUCUUGAGAAAAUAGUUUUUCCUGAGCUUAUAGAAGUUCGAGAUAUUAGUGCAGAAAAAGUGCUGAAAAUUACGGAAGAUCUGACUUUGUAUUUGGAGAAGAGCUCAGUGCUAGCCAAGGAGUUUCUUCUGAGGACGUAUGAUGGGCGCCUGAUGCAGCAUACAUACCUUGAUGGAGAAUCGUUAGAAGAAAACCUCUACCACGACCUUCGUUCGUUAUCCUCCGUAAUGGUGUCACAAGAAAGCGGACUGAAAGUGGAGGGCGUCUUGGGACCAAGGUUAACAAUAAGACCCUCACUCGAAGCUGCAAGAACUGCAGACGGACACAAUGCUCAUAUUCUUUAUGAAGUUGCUGAUGAAACCGAAAGUGGAAGUGAAGCUGUCUUCACGCACGCUUCUUCGAAUGUCCCCGAUCGACAGGAAAACAAAGGUGACACCGUGGACCUUAUUCGCCCAGAGCUCCUAAUCUGUGUAGACAGCACAUUUGCAAGCCAAUUUCCAGAUCACAAGGCACUCCUUCGCUAUGUCAUCAUUUCUGUAAACUCGGUGAAUGUUAGGUACCUGACCGUUUCAGAACCUGCAGUCCGACUGAGGUUAUGUGCAGUGGAGGUUUUCACUGUAUACGAAGAAAGUUUUUUGUACAAAGUAAAUAGAUUCGUUGCUUCCGGCAAGUCACUGGAGCGCUUAAAAGACUACGUUUACAAUCACUACUACAAGUAUGAAGAAUACGACGUGAUAUAUUUCAUCACAGGCCUUGACAUGGCAGCCUAUAAAGGGUACCGCUGGGAGGAUACACAGCAAGGUAUCGCUUACGUGGCAGGCGCAUGCACGGAACGGAAAGUUGCUCUUGGUGAAGAUAGAGCCAUGACGUACCAGGGUGUUCGUAUAUGUGCUCACGAACUUGGACACCUCUUUGGCUGUCCGCACGACGGAGAGAAGCAUACGAACUUCAACUCGGAACGCUGUCCAUGGAACGACGGAUUCAUCAUGUCCUACGUUCAACAUAACAGCAGAAGCCUGAAGUUUUCGUGGUGCUGCAAGAACAUGAUACGCCAGCAUGCCAGCUCUGCGGCUGGAAGCUGUUUACGUAAGCAAAAUACGAAGAGAAAAAUAAAGAAAGCCAACUUCACCUCUAUCCUUGCCGGGGAAACCGUAGGGAGAGACCAGUUUUGUAAGCUUACUUUUCCUGACGCCAUUGGCUCAUAUGUCUUGACGGGCGAUGUAGGAAAAUGCCAUGUUUGCUGCUACGUGCCACCGGAUGUUGACAGCAGGGGAUAUAGAAAAGUGUUCCUUCCAGACAACGCCUGGUGCAACGAAAACAAUGGCACCGUUUGCCUAAAUGGCGACUGCGUUCAAGAGAAGCUUAAGUAUAAGGAAUACCAACCAACGAAGUGAACCGCGGAAUAAAA